AUGAUGGAGCUCUGGUUUUGGGUUUUUGCUAUUUCUUUAGUUUCGAGGAUUGCCGCUGUCCCCAAUGCCGUCCCCACCGAACGUAUUUCAGGAAGUGCUGGGGAUGUGUUAGAAGAUAACCCAGUUGGAAGACUAAAAGUGUAUGUUUAUGAUCUUCCAAGCAAAUACAAUAAGAAAACUCUUCAAAAGGAUCCAAGAUGUCUCACUCAUAUGUUUGCUGCUGAGAUAUACAUGCAUAGGUUCUUGUUGAACAGCCCUGUUAGAACACUCAACCCUGAUGAAGCUGAUUGGUUUUAUACUCCAAUUUAUGUGACCUGUGACCUCACCCCCAAUGGCUUGCCAUUGCCCUUCAAAUCCCCACGAAUGAUGCGAAGUGCCAUUCAGCUUAUCUCUUCCAAUUGGCCUUAUUGGAAUAGAACCGAGGGCGCUGAUCACUUCUUUGUUGUUCCUCAUGACUUUGGUGCCUGCUUUCAUUAUCAGGAAGAGAAGGCUAUUGAUCGAGGAAUUCUUCCCUUACUCCAGCGUGCAACUUUGGUUCAAACUUUUGGACAAAGGCACCAUGUUUGCUUGAAUGAGGGUUCCAUCACUAUUCCUCCAUAUUGUCCUCCCCAGAAAAUGAAAACUCACCUGAUUCCCCCGGAUACUCCUCGUUCGAUCUUCGUCUAUUUCCGGGGAUUGUUUUACGAUGUUAACAAUGACCCAGAGGGAGGUUAUUACGCGAGAGGUGCAAGAGCAGCAGUAUGGGAGAACUUCAAAAACAAUCCUCUCUUUGACAUCUCGACCGACCAUCCAACGACAUAUUACGAAGAUAUGCAGCGAGCAAUAUUCUGUUUAUGUCCUCUUGGGUGGGCGCCGUGGAGUCCGAGGCUGGUAGAAGCAGUGGUGUUUGGUUGCAUUCCUGUUAUCAUAGCCGAUGACAUUGUCUUGCCUUUCGCUGAUGCCAUUCCAUGGGAAGAGAUUGGCGUGUUUGUAGAUGAAAAGGACGUGUCGAACCUCGACACGAUCCUGACAUCAAUACCGCCUGAUGUGAUAUUAAGGAAGCAAAGGCUGCUGGCAAACCCGUCGAUGAAACGAGCCAUGAUGUUCCCUCAACCAGCGCAAUCGGGCGAUGCUUUCCAUCAGAUCCUGAAUGGGUUGGCUAGAAAAUUGCCACACAGUAAGAGUGUUUACUUGAAGCCUGAUGAGAAGGUUUUGAAUUGGACUGCAGGACCUGUGGGGGACCUGAAGCCUUGGUAGAUAAAUGGUUCAACUUUUUGGUUGUUGUGUCUUAGUUCAUACCUUCCUCUAUACUCCCUGCCUGAAGUUUUGAUUGAUUUUGAUUUCACAACUUUUAGAGGUGUCUCUAUGACUCAUUUGAUUGAAAAGGUAUAAGAAUCCGAGCUAAAUAUGGAAUCCGUGAAGAGAAUUAUUGUGAAUUACCCUAUACAUGCGUCAUGGUCUUCUGAGUUGCAAUGUUACCAUUAGCCGUAUAUGAGAGUCUUGUCUGUACCUAAAAAAUAAGAGUUGCACGUAACUUGAAUAUUUUAAGAAAUAUCAGUAGUGACCUAAGAAAUACUCGGUAA